UGCGCCAUAUCGUGUUCUGUACGAAGGUUUUUGUUUCCAGAACCAGACGGCUUCUGGAUUUUUUGAAAUCCGAACCUAUCAGCCAUGGACGCUGCGGUGCACUUCGCCGUCUCGACGCCUCGCGCCUCCGCUUCUUCUCUUCAACAGAGCUCCCUGCAGAGGUGUGUGGCAACAACUGGGAAAGCACGAGCGGUCAAUAACCUGAGCCCAGUUCAAGGAGCUGUGCACACUCGCAAAGAUGUUGCAGCACAAUUCGUUCCGAAGAAAGCUAGAAGUACAAGACGCCAGCAUUCUAUCGUAUCUGCUAUGGCUGACUUUGACUCGGAUUCUCCAACUGAAAAUUUUGGACCAAGCUCCGAAAGCGAUGUCAAUUGGAGACAAGCUGCAUUGGUGACAACCGGUGUUGGAGCAGCAGUGACCGGAACGGCCCUCUUGGCCCUCGGUGGCGAUGGAGGAGGUUUUGGCGGGUUUGGGUCAGGAGGCGGGGGAGGCGGCGGUGGUGGAGAUGGCUGGAGGUUUUGGCUGGAUAGUGGCAUUGCUUGGGCAGAUGCGAGAAAUGAUGAAGAAGGGGGUGAUGCUUUUGAUCCUCAUGGAUUACAAGUUGGUCGUAAUGUGCCCGUCAGUAGGCUUAAUCCAGCCAAGCGGUAUCGCAUUUCCGAAGUGGAACUUGUAGAUAAGCGCACAAAGCAGCCCAUCGAUGCCAAAGAUGCAUUUUACGAGCUAGUUACCUUACGAAGGGGUGGAAUUGCAACUAAAGCCCAGUUGGAUGCAGAAUCAGAGAAUUUGAUGAAUUGUGGAAUGUUUCAAAGUGUGGAGAUGGAAGGGGUUACUAAGCUGGAUGGAAGUUUGAAACUGCAAAUUAUGUUCACAGAAAGCCAAUGGCAGGGAGCUGAUUCUUUCAGGUGUGUAAAUGUGGGCUUGAUGGCCCAAAGCAGGGGUCCAGAGUCGGAAGAAAAAUUAACAGACAAACAGCGAGAAGAACUUGCGAAGUCACAAGAAGAAGAGUACAAGAAUAGGCUUAGGAAAUCACGCCCUUGCAUGCUCCCUAAGAGUGUAGAGCGUGAGAUUUCAGGGUGGCUUCGUAGUGAGACAAGGGUGACUGCCCGCAUGUUGCAGCGCAUCCGGGAUCGUGUGCAGAAAUGGUAUCACGAUGAAGGCUAUGCAUGCGCCCAGGUGGUGAACUUUGGAAAUUUGAAUACCAAUGAAGUUGUGUGUGAGGUAGUGGAAGGUGACAUCACCCAAGUGCAGAUUCAGUUCCAGGAUAAACUGGGUUUUCCUGCUAUCGGUUUUACACAGAAGAAGAUUAUCCAGCGGGAGCUACCAGAUCAACUGAAAGCAGGUCAAAUAUUCAAUAUCGAAGCUGGUAAAAAAGCCCUGAGGAAUGUGAACAGUUUGGCUUUAUUUUCAAACAUCGAGGUCAAUCCAAGACCAGACGAGGAAAACGAUGGCGGCAUUGUGGUCGAAGUGAAGCUGAAGGAGCUGGAACAAAGGACAGCAGAGGUCAGCACUGAGUGGAGCAUCAUUCCUGGUAGCUCUGGACGGCCAACUUUGUCUACUAUCCAACCGGCUGGGAGCGUCACCUUUGAACAUCGGAACAUUCAAGGCUUAAAUCGGUCUAUACUUGGCGUUGUGACUUCGAAUAACCUUUUCAACCCUCAGGAUGACCUUGGGUUCAAGGCAGAGUAUGUGCAUCCUUAUGUGGAUGGUAUUGAUGACCCUCGUAACCGGACGUUUCGUGCCAGCUGCUUCAACAGUCGGAAAUUGAGUGCUGUUUUCACAGGAGGACCAGGUAUGGAGGAUGUCCCCUCAGUGUGGGUAGACCGGGCUGGGUUCAAAGCCAACCUGACUGAGUGCUUCACCCGGCAAAGUAAGUUCACAUAUGGGCUGGUAGUAGAGGAAGUAACGACAAGGGAUGAAACCAGCUCCAUUUGUGUGCACGGACCACGUACUUUGCCAAGUGGUGCUCUCUCUAAUUCUGGUCCUCCCACCACACACAGUGACACCGGCAUUGAUCGCGUUGCAUUUUUGCAAGCUAACCUUACACAUGAUAACACUCGCUUUGUAAACGGCACUCCUAUUGGAGAUCGUCAUAUAUUCCAGGUGGAUCAAGGCCUAGGGAUAGGCAGUAAGUACCCUUUCUUCAAUCGGCAUCAACUUGCUGUAACUCGAUUUAUUCAGUUGCUAUCCGAGGAUAAGGUGAACACUGAGAGGCCUCCCCCAGUUGGAGUUCUGCACGCAAGAUACGGAGGAUGUCUAGGAGACUUGGCAAGUUAUGAUGCUUUCACAUUAGGAGGUCCAUACUCUGUUCGUGGUUACAACAUGGGUGAGCUUGGUGCAGCUCGGAACUUACUGGAGCUUGCGAUGGAGUUGCGGGUGCCAGUGAAGACAACCCACGCUUACGGGUUUCUUGAGUAUGGAACUGACCUUGGAAGCUCCAAAGACGUGCGGGGCAAUCCCACGGAAUUCUUCAGACGCGCUGGGAAGGGAGCCUCAUAUGGUUUAGGUGUUAAGCUAGGAACUAUCAGAGCCGAGUAUGCCAGGGACUGCAAUGCCGGCACAGGGGCAAUUUUUUUCCGAUUUGGAGAGCGGUUUUAACUGUUGGUCGAACUACGGCUUUUAAUCCAAUUUUACUUGGACUACAGUCUUUAUGUACAUGCGUGGGGUGGGGCACGUCUUCUUUGCGCUCUUUCUAGCUUUUGGACUUACACUGUUGAAAUUUGUACGAAGGCUCCGACACAUCUAAAUGCAUCAAAACCAGAUAAUGUCAGAACUGGUUUUUACUGGUC